CCGCAACUGGUGCUAUCUCAUAACCCUCGUCGCUUGCCUUGCUUCGCUAAAUACCCUUCGUGAAUGAUAUAGUCCUCUUCAUCUGCUGGUUGAAAUAUUUACUUUCCACCAGUUCUCCGUCUGUCGCAAAAUUGGAAAGCAAUUCCUCGGAAUAUCGAGCUGUGAAGUCAUCAUUUACUUCCGAACCUUUUUCCUCCGAACCCGGCGGUCCUCACGAGACAGCAGUUCCGCAGCAGCGCCACCACGAUUAUGAUGGUUCCUUGAAUAAGAGCACAGUUCUCGCAUUAUCUCGGUCGCUGCGAUAUUUAUUUCACCACCAUGCUGCCCCGGGCAGCCCGACCGCCAUGCCUCCGUGUCCCCGGGCACUUCGCACAUCGCGGUCCCGCAGUCCCGCGCUCCACGCCGCGGAUAGCUACACGGCAUAGCAUCCAGUUCAGAGUAUUCUCGACGAGCAAAGGUCUAUUGAACAAAAAUACCACUUCAGACCCUUCCUCACCACCGAAGACACCCAAUUCCGGUUCUCCGCUCGCACCUCAAUCGCCGGACGAGAAAACGAAGAAUGCCCAGAAUGCUGCGGGCACGCCGAAGAGAGAUCUUCUGAGCGAAACUACGGUGGGAAAGAAGGAGCAAAGGAAGGCAGAUUGGGCGAUAAUGAAAGAAAUGGCCAAAUAUCUUUGGCCUAAGGAUGAUUGGGGAACGAAGCUGCGUGUCGGAACCGCCCUAUCGUUACUCGUUGGAGCAAAGCUCCUCAACGUGAAUGUGCCAUUCUACUUCAAGAGCAUUGUCGACUCGAUGAAUGUGGACUUUGCCGCAAUUGGCGGGACGGCCUAUACAGUUGCAGGUUCUAUGAUCAUAGCUUAUGGUGUUACGAGGAUUGGCGCUACACUUUUCCAAGAACUUCGAAACGCCGUAUUCGCUAGCGUUGCGCAGAAGGCAAUCCGCAGAGUCGCACGGAAUGUAUUCGAGCAUCUAUUACGGCUAGACCUUAAUUUCCACCUUAGCAGGCAAACCGGUGGCUUGACUCGGGCAAUUGAUCGCGGAACGAAAGGCAUCAGCUUCCUACUGACAUCGAUGGUCUUCCACGUGGUUCCUACGGCUCUGGAGAUAUCUCUUGUGUGCGGAAUAUUGACAUAUCAGUAUGGCGCGCAAUUUGCUGCGAUCACAGCUGCGACCAUGGUCGCAUACACUGCUUUCACAAUAACGACUACUGCAUGGAGAACCAAGUUCCGGAAACAGGCCAAUGCUGCGGAUAACCGCGGUGCCACAGUAGCCGUGGAUUCUCUGAUCAACUACGAGGCUGUCAAGUACUUUAACAAUGAGAAAUUUGAGGUCGCACGGUAUGAUAAGGCGCUUAAAGCUUAUGAAGACGCUUCUAUCAAGGUGACGACGUCGUUGGCCUUUCUCAAUUCCGGUCAAAACAUGAUUUUUUCAAGUGCGCUUGCCGGCAUGAUGUACCUCGCAGCAAAUGGAGUCGCCAGUGGUUCGUUGACAGUUGGAGACCUGGUUAUGGUCAAUCAGCUUGUCUUCCAGCUGUCAGUUCCUCUGAACUUCCUUGGCUCUGUGUACCGUGAAUUACGUCAAUCUUUGCUGGACAUGGAGACCCUAUUCAACCUACAGAAGGUCAAUGUGAAUAUCACGGAAAAGCCAAAUGCGAAGCCUCUACAGCUCCACCGCGGAGGGGAGAUCAAAUUCGAAAAUGUGACUUUUGGUUAUCACCCGGACCGCCCUAUUCUCAAGAAUGCAAGCUUUACGAUUCCUGCUGGCCAGAAGUUUGCUAUCGUGGGACCCAGUGGCUGCGGCAAGUCGACCAUCCUGAGAUUAUUGUUCCGGUACUAUGAUGUCCAAGAAGGCCGUAUUCUUGUUGAUGGUCAGGACGUGCGGGAUGUGACUCUCGAAAGCUUACGGAAAGCCAUUGGUGUUGUGCCUCAGGAUACCCCUCUCUUCAAUGACUCUAUCGCACACAACAUUCGCUAUGGAAGAAUUGACGCUACUGAUGAAGAAGUGCACAAGGCUGCACAAAGGGCGCACAUCCAUGAACUGAUUGAGAAGCUACCGGAAGGAUAUAAGACCGCUGUUGGUGAACGAGGAAUGAUGAUAUCCGGUGGUGAAAAGCAACGAUUAGCUAUCUCACGACUGAUAUUAAAGGACCCAGAACUCCUGUUUUUCGAUGAAGCUACAUCGGCUCUCGACACAUACACGGAACAGGCUUUGUUACAGAACAUUAACAGCAUUCUCAAAGACAAGGCGCGGACAAGCGUUUUCGUGGCUCAUCGAUUGCGAACAAUCUGUGACAGCGACCAAAUCCUUGUGCUGAAGGAGGGCCGCGUGGCAGAAACGGGGUCGCAUCGUGAACUUCUUGAGCUUGAUGGCAUCUAUGCUGAGCUGUGGAACGCCCAAGAAAUGUCUUUCGCUGAAAACGCAGAGACCGAAGGUAACACCGAGUUUGAGGAAGGUGCUGGGAAAGAGGUGCUGCCAGAAUCUAGACAAACGUGAGCCGGUUAGGAAACUAGACUUUGGAAGUUGGGUAGUUGCUGGUUCAAUUUAGCAAUAAAUAUAUUUUUGACUCGAGAAAGGUUCUACGGCUAUAGAGUAUUUAUUUCUUAUUUCUCGCAGACACCUUGAAACUGUCCCCAGAUCAUAUAUACUAUACUUUCGGAUGUCCUAUACAGUACUACAACUUUCCUUGUCCUUGGUGACGAAAUACACUAGCAUAAUCAACGCUGCAUUCGGUACCGUUCUUGGGAAAAUAAAGGGCGAGAUUAGGUCCAGUUCUAAGUGGAGAUCAAAGAACAGCGCCGAAUCAGCGAGGCGGCACCCAAAUCGAUGGUACAUCAUACUAGUGCCGUACUUCGUCCCAAGGUCUCCAUAGUCCAUAUGUAGUACUCCCAAGUGCAUGGAUGGUCCGAACGAACCCGGGAGGAGGGUAUAUGCCAUGAUUGC